AUGGAAAAUUCCUUUGACCAUCACAAUAUGAAAAUCAAUCUGGAAAUUCUUAAUUCUGGAAGUAAAUGUACAACUGCAGUUUCUCUGAAAAAUCCUAACUCAAGCAAGGAUCAUCUAAUCUAUUCUCAGGAUGACGAAGUAAUGCAUAUUUCGAUGUUACACUUACGACUUCGUGAAUUGCAAAAAAUCCUGCAGAAAGAACAAAAAAUACGCUCAACUCUCAAAAAGGAAGUAGAGGACCUGAAAUCAGAGAAAUCUCUGUGGAAAUGGAAGUACGAUGAGCUAAAAAUGUCCACGGAGAGCAGUUUAAAGCAGUUUGGUAGAAAUCAGAACAAGGUGGAAGUAAUUUUGGAUGAUCUGGAAGAAGAAGAAACUGGAGCCAAAGCCCCCAAAGAUACAAAGAUUCAGGAUUUACAAGCAGAAAUAAUGAGACUUCAUUCUGAAAAUGCAUCAGAGUGGGGAAGAAGAAAAAUGCUUGAAGCAGAAAAUCAAGAUUUGGAUAGGGAGAACCAAAGACUGAAGACCCAUGUGAAAGAUCUUCAAGAUCUCCUUGACAGAAAACUGUCUGCAAUUAAUUUGUGUAGUGAUCUCCAGGUGUCACAAACUGAACUCCUGGAGAAAAAUAAGGACUUUAUGGAUCUGCAACCUAAUGACACUGAAGUCAACAAGCAGGAGCAAGAUAUACUGGCAGAACUUAUGCGCACAAGAAAGAGGGUAGAACAGCAUAAGGCAGAAGCAAAGGAGCUGAGCAUUAGAGUUGAAGAUCUAAGAAGAAAAUUAAAGCAGGCACAAGACAAGGUGUAAAAGGUAGAAACCAACUUUGCAGUCAUCAUGCUGCUCAAGAAUAUGUGGGCAACUUGAACUGUGCAGCAUUGCCUGGUAGUCUCCAAGUCUCAUGGUCUUUGCUCUUUUGAACCUGAUAAAGAGCACCUAUAUAUUAUGUCUGGUAUCAUCAAUAUAUUCUGUGCUUACUGAUAUUCAAUUUGAUACCCUUAGUACACAUCUAUUAUUCUAUUAAAAGAAUCUUACUAACGUUCCCUUCUCACUUAAAUGUCAUGUUGUUGCCCCCUUUUGCAGUUUUAGCAAUGCAUAGCAUGCCUUUUGUUUUGCUAAUAAUUAAUAAAGAUAACUUUUAUAAA